CAUCUGUUCUGCAUUGUGAUCGGGGGUAUUGACAAGGUUUGUUCCGAGAUUUGAUGCGUUCAUCGUUUUCAGAUUCUCUUUUUCCACUUUCCCCAGCAACAGAUUGGUUGUUAAAGGGGUAGCUCGUUACUAUCGAGGAACGGCUGCAAGGCACAGAGAAGAAGCAUCAACAGAAGAUGGUUUUUCUGGCUAAGGCUCUGAAAAAACCCAGCUUUCGUGCUACAGCUUAUUCGACGAAACGAACAGAGUAGAGAACUUGGGAAUGGCGGCAUUGGAAGGAAACGAAGACUGCCUCCCAACCGGAGUGUCGAAAAUUUGCAGGACGAGACGGCUUCGGUGGCAGAACCCAUGGGGUUUCAGAAAGGUUGAUCCCGAUCUUUGGGAAUUCGCAAACGAAGGGUUCCUCAGAGGACAGAAGCAUUUGUUAAAGAACAUCAAGAGGAGGAGACACGUCGCUCAGAACAUCCAACAGCAAGGAGGACUAGGACCUUGUGUUGAAUUGGGGAAGUAUGGCCCCGAAGCCAAAGUCGACAGAUUAAAAAGAGACCGUAACCUACUCAUGGUGGAAAUUGUGAAGCUGAAGGAGUAGCAACAAUCCUCCAGGGAUUAGCUCGUUACCAUUCAGAUUCCCUUUUCCCACUUUCCCCAGCAACAGAUUGGUUGUUAAAGGGGCAUUACUCCGACCAUGGUAGCACCAGAAGGCAGAAGCAGUAACUGGGGGAAGCGCGAGAGAGAGAGAGAGAGAGUUACAGAGAAACCUUGGUUUCCAUAGUUUACACACUUCGUAGGUUCGUAGCUCGUACUUUGAGGCAUAGAUUAGAUGACAAAUCUUGUGUUCCCUGUGAAAUGUGGGUUCAAGGCUUCAAGUUGUCUUCUCCUACAGAUGAUCCGUAAAUCUUCAUUCCUCAGUUGCUCUGUUACAUAUCACAGUGAACCCCUUUCUUCUUCUUCGGAGUUCAGAAACAAGAAUGCCGAGAUGAAACCCUACCACUCAUCAGUCGAUUCUUCACUUUACAUCACCAGAGAAAUCACCAAUACCGGUCGUCGGAGGUAUAUCUGUCUCUGAAACCAUUUCUUCUUCCUCAGAACAACAGAACCCCUACGCCAUGCCUCGCCGGAUUGCUGCCACCCGCUCGCCCCUUCACUCUGCAUUGCCAGUUCUGUCCGUCGGUGGUAACUCACUCUCUCUCUCUCUCUCUCUCUCUCUCUCUCUCUCAGGAUCCAUUUCCCCACCAGACGUGCCAUACAUCAAACCUGACUUCAUUCGACUUGACCGUAGAUAAUCCCAAUGAGAAGGGAAGAGGAGUUUUAGUCAGAAGGGUAGAAUUAUCAUUUUAAAGAUUCAUUUAACAAUGGCACAUGGUAAAUGGUAUGGGUCUGUAUAUAAUUUGAUAAAAUAGAGGAAUGAUCUUAUAAUUGUGAUAUUCUUCUGAGGAUGACACGGUAAAUUUUCCAAACUAUUUAAUAAGAAAGUUGGCAACUGCCAUUUCACCAUGA